GGAGGGAAAGCUGAGAGGGGGGAGCUUAAAGGGACCGAGGCGAGGGAGGGGGAACCCUUCAGAGAUACCCCCACUUGGUCUCUCUCCGCUUUUGGACUAUGUCUCGCCUCCUCUAACCCCGGCAUUCAAGCCCCCAGUUUGGGUUCCUUUGGAGUUGUCAUGGAAACUGGGAGGCAAGCAAGACCGGGCAAGGCGGGUGGUACUAAGGGAAGGAAGGAGGGAGAAAGAACCCUCUGGAGUCUUCCCCUUCAAGACUGGCUGUAGUGAUUAUACUGUGGGAGGAAGCGAGCAGGUGCUCAGUGGAUUCAGUACCCCAGUUCCCUUUGGAUCUUCUUCACCCCAGUCAGGCCUCCCCCCAACACUCAGCCUCCCUCAGAGUCUCUGUAAGAUCUUGGGAUCUUCUCCCAAAUCCUUGGCUCUAGUUUCCCUAUCUGUGCCAGAGAUGCCUGUGUGAGAGAGAACCAUAAAAACAACAACAAAAGAGAGAACCGUGUGCAGUUGAGAGCAGCGAUGGAAAAGUUCCCAGGGUUAUCAUCUCGACCUGCCGCCCUGGCCUGGGAGGAAUCCGGAGGCAGGAGCAUGCUGGGGCUCCCGGGGCGGCGGCUCCCUUCGGCGGAGUUCCUGCUCCUGUUGCCAUUCCUGCUGCUGCUGCUGCUGCUGCCCGCCGCCCCCGCGCCCCAUCGGGCUGCCUACAAGCCGGUCAUCGUGGUGCACGGGCUCUUUGACAGUUCGUACAGCUUCCGCCACCUGCUGGAAUACAUCAAUGAGACACACCCUGGGACUGCGGUGACAGUGCUCGAUCUCUUCGAUGGGAGAGAGAGUUUGCGACCCCUGUGGGAACAGGUGCAAGGGUUCCGAGAGGCUGUGGCCCCCAUCAUGGCAAAGGCUCUUCAAGGGGUGCACCUCAUCUGCUACUCCCAAGGGGGCCUGGUGUGCCGGGCACUGCUGUCUGUGAUGGAUGAACACAACGUGGAUUCUUUCAUCUCUCUCUCCUCUCCACAGAUGGGACAGUAUGGAGACACAAACUAUUUGAAGUGGCUGUUCCCCACCUCCAUGAGGUCUAACCUCUACCGGAUCUGCUACAGCCCGUGGGGCCAGGAAUUCUCCAUCUGCAACUACUGGCACGACCCCCACCAUGAUGACUUGUACCUCAAUGCCAGCAGCUUCCUGGCCCUGAUCAAUGGGGAAAGAGACCAUCCCAAUGCCACUGCUUGGCGGAAGAACUUUCUGCGUUUGGGCCGCCUGGUGCUGAUUGGGGGCCCUGAUGAUGGUGUCAUUACUCCUUGGCAGUCCAGCUUCUUUGGUUUCUAUGAUGCAAAUGAGACAGUCUUAGAGAUGGAGAAGCAACUGGUUUAUCUGCGGGACUCUUUUGGGUUGAAGACUCUCCUGGCCCGGGGGGCCAUAGUGAGGUGUCCAAUGGCUGGCAUCUCCCACACGGCCUGGCACUCCAACCGUACCCUUUAUGAGACCUGCAUUGAACCUUGGCUCUCCUGAGGGACCCCUCAGGAACUCCCCACCCAGAGACUAAGUGGAGCCUUGGAUGUCAGGCCCUGGUGUGCCUGUGACCACCUCACUGGUCCCACACUGCCCCACCAGCCAGGGCUCCAGGACCCCUCCUCUGUGAAUGACACAUCCUGGUCUCCUCCAUCUCGUGUCCUCCCUUUUGGGGGUUGCUCCAUGCUCUCCCAUGCCCCCCAAGGCCAAGGCCAAGGCUGGGAAGUGGGAAACAAGAUUAACUUGUGGCUGCUCCUAUUGCUGCUGCUCCUCUGUCUCUGGCUCUACAGGAGGAGAACCCAGCCCCUGCCCACCACAGGGUCUCCUUCCAAGCCACUCAGGACAUUUUUAGCUUCUGUUUUUCCUACGUUCCCUUUUCCUCUGAACUCCCCUGUUGUGAGCCCUCCCAACCCCUCAGGAAGGACCACCUGUGAGAGUGGGGUUCUGAGGCUCCACUAUGGGGACAGUUCUGUUCUUGAAGUGUCAGUGUUGGGGAAUAUCUGUGGCCUGUGAGGCCCAUCUCAGGUUUGGGGAUCCCCCAGUCCCUAUGUUCAGUAUUGGGGUGCCCUCUGGGAGCCUAGUUUCUUUGAGGCUCCAGCCCCUCUUUUAGCUACCCUUGAAUGGGUGUGUUACUACCCCUGUAUUUAUGAAAAUAAAGUUCCAUUUACUCAG